CGGAGAGAGAGGAUGGCGCACCGCGACCUCCUGGAACAAUGUCUCGUGGAUUUGCACCGGAUCGGCGUCGUCAAGUUUGGCAACUUCACUUUAAAGAGCGGCAUGCAGUCCCCCAUCUAUUUCGACCUGCGCAUGAUCAUCUCCUACCCGAAAAUCAUGGAGACGGUUGCCGAGCUCAUGUGGGCCAAACGACCAAACCCAGACUAUGACCUGGUUUGUGGAGUAGCCUACACGGGGCUACCCAUUGCAACCGUAAUUUCCACCAAACAGGAACUUCCAAUGCUGAUUCGACGCAAGGAGAGCAAAGGUUAUGGAACCAAGAAGCUGGUGGAAGGAAAUUACGAAGAAGGCCAGAGCUGCCUCAUGAUCGAGGACGUCAUUGUGUCUGGUAGUUCGGUGUAUGAGACCCUAGAGACCCUGAAGGAACUGAAGUUGAAAGUGGACGACGCCAUUGUUUUCCUCGACCGGGAACAAGGAGGAGCAGCGAACUUGACGUCCAUGGGGAUCAAUGUCAUCUCCGUCGUUACCAUGACCCAGAUGAUGGGAAUCCUCCUGAAACAUGGGUGCAUCAACCAAGCGACUUCAGAAUCGGUCUUGGAAUUCGUUGAGUCACACAAUGAUACGUCGAUCGUCACAAAGGAGAAAUCCUCCUGUAAAAAUGGAAUCGAUGUCAUGGACCGUAAGAAAAGAUCCUUUGAGUCACGAACCAGCGUCACCAACCACCCCUUGGCCAGAAAGCUCUUUGAGAUCAUGUCAACCAAGAAGACUAACUUGUGUCUCGCUGCCGAUGUCACCACCUCCAAGGAAUUGAUAUCCCUGGCAGAGAAGGUUGGUCCUCAUAUAUGCCUGCUCAAGACCCACAUAGACAUCCUGACAGACUUCAGCAAGGAAACGGUUGAGAGCUUAAAGGACCUCGCAGCAACGCACAACUUUAUGCUUUUUGAAGACAGGAAGUUUGGAGAUAUCGGCAGCACAGUGGCCAGUCAGUACUCGGGAGGCGCCUAUAACAUUGUUGAUUGGGCUGAGCUUGUUACAGUACAUGGCCUGCCUGGUGAUGGCAUUAUCAAAGGGUUAAUGUCCGCCAUAAAUGGUCGACCUCGGGGAUGUGUUCUUGUCUCUGAAAUGAGUUCAUCAGGAGCUCUCACAUCGCAGGAGUACGUCAAUGGCUGCUGCAAGAUGGCCGAGAACCACACCUACUUCGUGAUUGGCUUUGUGUCGCAGAGCAACGUAAGCAGCGACCCACGCUUCAUCCUCCUUACACCUGGGGUACAACUUGACAAGUCUGUUGAUGGGCUCGGACAACAGUACGUGACUCCACGAGCGGCAGUCCUGGAGCGAGGGGCAGACAUCAUCAUCGUGGGCCGAGGCAUCAGAGAGGCAGAGGACCCAGAAGCAGCGGCAAUAAAGUACAAAGAGGAGGCUUUUUCCGCUUACUUGGAGCGCAUUGAGGCCCAGUAAAGAGCUAUGGGGAGAAUCUCACGCUGGAGUUUUUCUGAGGACAUGCCUACUGUGCUUUGGGGGUCCGAAGUAAUAGCAAUAGCAGGGUCACAGAUUUAAUAAUAGAUGAAAAUGUUUUUUUUUGUUAUAGAAAAAGAGAUAACUAUUUAUAUAUGAGCAUUCUAGAGAGGAUUUUACUCACUUUUUUGUGUAUAUAUAGCAUUGCUGUUAUAUUUUAGGGAAUUUUCUUUUCCUUGACAUAUGAAGAAACAAAUGAAGAUCAUACAGUUGUAUCAUCUACUGUAUUAUGAAUUCUUUGCUGUAUCCAUACAUUUUGGAAUAUUUUAAUGCAAGUUAUGGUCACUUGUUAAUUUCAUGUAACGAAGUUUGUAACAUUCCAUAGGUAAUUAUGUAAUAUUGUAUUUGUUUUUUUUUUGUUUUGAGGUCCUACAUUGUUGGCAUUUAUGCAUUACGAAACAGAAAUAUGGUGAAAUAACAAUUUCAGGUGAAGUAAAUAAUAUGUAAAAUAUAAUAAAUAAACUAAUUUCUCAGAACUACAAGUAAU